AUGGCAGAGCCGCGCGAGGCGGUUGGGGAGGCAGCGCUGAAGCUGCUCAAGGAGCCGCAGGUCAAGGUCCUCUCGCAGUUGCAGGUGCUUAAGAUCUUCAAUGCAGGUUUGAAUCAACUGCCCGAGACCUUGUGGAAUUGCAAAGAGCUGCGACAGCUGGACAUCGGAGCCAACCCAUUGGCCGGCGCGCUGCCGGCCGCGGGGCUAGCCGCGCACUUGACCUCCUUGGAGAUCCUCUUCGCCGCGAAGAUCGGGCUGAAGGAGCUUCCCAACUUGGCCGACUGCCCCAAGCUCCGGAUGUUAGGGGUCAAGGACAACCAGCUGAGCAGUUUGGAUGGAAGCCUUUUGCCCGACACCUUGGAGUGGCUCAUUGCAGCAAGCAAUCAAAUCAGCCACUGGGGACGCAUGAGCGAUCUGACUCCCAGCCUGUUUCCCGAUGUUGAAGCUUUCCAGGAUGAAGUCAGAUGUGCGCUGCAGAACAUGGCGCGGCUGAAGAGGGUGUCCUGGUCGGUGAAACCAGCGAUGGAAGACGGGCCAGGUCUCGUGACCGAGGUGAUCGGCUUGGAGCCAUCGGUGGGACUGAGUCUGGAGUGCGUUUAUGUCUUUUUGGCAGAUACCACCUUUUCAUGGCUCGGGCGAACGCUGUCCUUCGUGGCACCGGUCGUGGCACUGUCCUUCGUGGCACAGGUUCGGAAGCUCAUGCUGAGCCACAACCAGCUCACCUGUGCCACGUUAGCUCCCGUGGCCGCCAUCGAGGCCCUCGAGAUGCUACGGGUGGCGCAAAACCGUUUAGAGGCCUUCCCGGAGGCUCUGCUGAAGCACAAGCGCUUGGCUUGGGUGGCCUUGGGUGCCAAUCCCAUGGCUGAAGAGGCUCUCGAGAGGCACCUGGCCGGCGGAUUUCAGAGCUUGGAUUUCAAGGAAGUGAAGUUGGGUGAAAAGCUGGGCAGCGGCGCUGGAGCAACCGUCUACCAGGGUGACUGGCACGGCAGGACGGUGGCGGUGAAGAUCUGGGAGGCCGAGACCUUCUCGGACGGCACCGCGCUCUCCGAGUGGGCGGCCAACCGGGUGGCCUCGGUGCCCGGGCAUCCAGCGCUGGUGGAGGUGCUGGGGACCUUCGAGGAGCCCAGAGGAAUGAUCCUGGAGCUACUGCCCAAGGCCCAGGCGGCCGCGGCGCCCCCGAGCUUCGCCACCGUGACCCGCGACGCGCUACCGCAGCAUGGUGGAAAAGGCACCUGCUACACGCCCUCCGCGGCGAGGCAGAUUGCCGUGCGCGUGAGCGGCGCCGCGGAGUAUUUGCACCGCAAAGGGCUGAUGCACGGAGACAUCUAUCUCCACAACACCUUGGUGAUCCUCACCGACUCCACGUCGUCCCCCAGCGCCGACGGGCUCGGCGCCGGCGCCGGCGGGCUCGCCGACGCGCGGCUCUCGGACUUCGGCGCCUGUGCGGCGGUGGACGCCGCGGAGCUGCGGAGGUUGGAGGUGCGCUCUUUUGGCUGGCUCUUGCAAGACUUGCUGGAAUGCCAUGUGCCUCCCGGCACCGAGGAGGAACGACGAACCAUUGAGCUGCUGAAGGUGUGGCGGGAGCGAUGUGGAGCUGAAGAUCCGGAGCAACUGCCAUCCUUCCAAGAGAUUCAUGCGGCCCUCAGCACCACCGGUGGAGAUGGCCCCCCCUCCCUAGAGGGGCAGGACGCGCGCAGCAUGCGGCAGGAGCUGGGGGGGCGGCCCCAAAAGGUGGUCGGCUACGGGCGGGACGGGUCGGAGCAACGAGGAGGUGCCCGGUGGUACUUCCCAGCGUCAGCAGUGCAUCCGCGGUGUUUGCCCGAGAAGCCUUCUGGGCUGCUGCUUCUGCGUCGCAGGAUGGCCAAGCGAAACGAUGCAACCGCCUGCCCACACUCCUUCGCCGAGCCUCGAGAUACGAAGCGACAGAGAUGCUUCGCAACGCGAGAGACCGAGGUCCCGAGCUCUGCAGACCGAGGUCCGGAGCUCGAGCGCCAUCACUCAGUCAGAGUGGACGUCGAACAGCCGCCACUUCAAAGCCAAGCCCGAAUGGAGCCUCACGUUGGUCUGCAGCGACAUGGGGCAGGUGGCCAUGGGCAGCAAAGCAGCUGCUUUGAGGCGAAUUCGGAGGGUGUGGAAGCUGCUGCUUACGCGAGAAGUGCUUCGGUGGAAGCGUACCACGUGGUUGGGGAGUACGUCGGAUUUCGGAAGAGGCCGAUCUACCACCUGGUGGCCCUGCGGCCCACUAGCGAAGAGGCCUUCCGGAUGGCCUGUGAGAAGGCGGGGGCUUUGGGAAAAGGUGAGGCUUGA